CACCCCCCGCGGAGGGUCCUGCCCUGCCCUCCGGCCCGGCGCGCCGAGCGAACCGAGGGCGGACCUCGGAUCGGACCCUCCGCCCGUCACCCCAGGCCUGGGGGUCCCCCCGCCCGGUCCUCCUGCCUGUGGCCACCACCCCCCGCCGCCCCGGAGGAUUAGGUGGCCGCCCGCCUGCGGAGCCGGCCACAGGCUGGGGCUCCUGAUGUCGGAAGCAAGUGGGCAGCUUGACUGGCCACAGGCCGUCUCGGCGUCGGCAUGAACGCCAGGCUCCUGGGGGCCAGGGACUGGCUCAGCACCCGCCCGCCCACCUCCGAGCCGAGCCUGGAGCCCGCCACCGACGGGCCGGCCCCCCAGCCCACCGCCCUCAGCCCGGAAGCCACCAGCUUCAACGACACCAGGAUGCCCGGCGUGGGCGGCGCCGCUGGCGCGGGCACCAUGCUCCUGUCCUUCGGCGUCAUCACGGUGAUCGGCCUGGCCGUGGCCAUGGUCCUGUACAUCAGGAAGAAGAAGAGGCUGGAGAAGCUGCGCCACCAGCUCAUGCCCAUGUACAGCUUCGACCCCACGGAGGAGCAGGACGAGCUGGAGCAGGAGCUGCUGGAGCACGCCGCCUCCGCGCAGGCCCCGCCGAGCAAGACCACGCUCCCGGCCCAGGGCCCGGUGCAGAGGCCCAGCCGGCUGGUCUUCACCGACGUAGCCAUCGCCAUCCACGCCUGAGCGGCCGGGGCGGCCUGGACCCCCGACACCGGCGCGGCACCGCAGGGCGGCCUGCGCUCGGACCCGGUGCCGAGGCCCCGCCGCCGCCUCCGGGCUGGGCACCUGGCCCGGCGUCCCUGUCGGGGAGGCCGAGAGCCGCGGCGGCUCCGUGUGUGUGCCAGACCCCCGUCCGGUCUGCGGCUCCAUCUCCGGGGAGGAAGUGGGGAGACGGGAGAGGAGGGGAGAGGGGAGAGGGACCACCCACGGGUGGGACGGUGUGGUGGCGCCCAGGAUGGAGCUGACACUGCCCAGCAGGCGGCGGUGCCAGGAGGGCCGCUCCCGCCCGCGGGAGGCCCCGUGGCCCGCAGUGGGCCCCUGUCCCCGAGCGACCAGGAGUCUCCCCGCCCCCCGCCUCCCUGCAGCGGCUGCGGCUGAGGGGAGGGGCGGGGAGGGGGCGGGUGUGGAAGUGGGGGACAGGCGGAGCCCACGCCUGCUGGAAGGCCUGGUGUGUGUGCAGGAUGUGCCCGCGCGGAUGGCGCCUGUGCUGGGCAGGAGGCAGACCCUCUGCUGUGGCUGUGCCUCAGGCGGCCAGCCCCCAGGGCGUGGGGAGCCCAGGGCGGGCCCCUGCCCUCCACGUUCAGGGCGGAGAAAGAGGGGGGACAGGGCGAGGACAGGGCUGAAGGAGGAGGGGGAACAGGGCGAGGGCCAGCAGCCCCAUCUCUUCACUGGCUCUGAAGGCGGGGCCUGGGCCUGCAGGCGGCCCUGCCCGCUGUGUGCGGGCCUGGGCCUGGGCCUGGGGCUGGGCUGGGGCUGGGGCUCGGCGGCUGUUGGUCUGAGAGCCGCGGUCAUGGCUGCAGCCAGUGGGGGGGUCCUGACUGCCUGAAGUGGGGGGUCACCCCACACACACCCAUGGCCCACCGCCCCACACCCCUCAGGGGCUCAUCCAAGCGGGGUGUCUGGGCCAAGCCAGACUCCAGGAGCCGACACUUUGUCUGCUGGGCACAACUGCGGAGCACGCCCGCCCGCCUCACCCCUGCCCGCCUCACCCCUGCCCGUCUCGCUGCAGCCGGUUGGAGGGAGCAGGGGCACAGGCUGUGCACGUGUCAGGAUAUGGGGGUGUGGGGCCGUGGGGAGGAGUCGGGAAGGAGCCCCCAGAUGCUGUGAAUAGGGCACCCCUCACGCUGCCUCUUCCCGCGGGCAUUAAAGAUGCUGAGGGUUCCCAGAGUGUGUGAGCCUGUGACACGCAGGUGGGCCCAGGAGGGGCUGUGGGGGGGUGUGGGCGCUUGGAUCCCAGCUACGGAGCCCUGGGUGGGUUCCCUGAUCUGCACUUCGUGCGUGUGCCAUCGACGGGAACACGUGGCCCUCUGAAGGAGCAAUACAACAAAACAGCACACACAUCUCAUCGCAUCUAUAUCAACAUCUGUGCAACCCCCUCCACUGGGGAAAUCCACAUUACUAACCGGUGUGCCCGGUGUAUGUUCACGCCUCCAUCCACAGCACCCGCCUUGGCGCCCUGGGGGUUGGGUCCAGGAUGCCUGCUGACACCCACUGAGGCUCAGCCCCACAGAAGGUGAGGGAGGAUUUCUAAACAACGGGCACAACCUCCGGAAAACAAACCCUCCUCAUCACCCCUCCCGCCUGGCACCACGUGGACGGUGUGAACAGGGUUCCAUGUGGGAGCCCCUUCCACGUCCGCGUGGUUCAGGGUUCCGGUUCAGGAGGAGGCCGCACACAGAUGAAAAGAGACUAGAAAAGCAUUAAUUUGGGAAAUUGGGGCCAGGUGGAAGCCCGAGAGAGGCCUAUCCUCACUCUGGCUUCGUCAUCCCGUUCAUUCAGACGAUGGGAUACACCCACAGCCCUCAGUCAGGAAACUCCAAUAACAGCCAAUCAGCGAAUUUACUUAAAACAGGUGGAGGCUGCCUCCAUACCAAUGUCUAGUGACUAGCUCGUCCUGAUGAGCGUGAGCUACGGGGCCACCUCCUGGAGGGAGGCCAGGCCCGCGUGCCCCUGCCCACCGGCCGCCCACUGCUCAGGGCCCACCACUCCACGGUGCCCGGAGGGGCCUGGGGCUCCCCCGAGGGCCAGGAGCUGGUCCUAGCAACACCCACCCUCCACUGGCUGGGUCCCAGCCCAGUCUCCGUCUCCACCAGUUCGCCCUCCCUCAAUCACCACCUCCCUCAGUCUCCCACUCUCCCCUGUCUCCCCCUCCCUCAGUCUCCCCCUCCCCCAGUCUCACUCUAUCUGCAGUGCCCUCCACAAGGACAAACUGCCACUCACAUUAAAGAGAGGAGAUGAAAAUAAAUAAAAUAAAAAUUAAAAAGAAGGAAAAAAUAAGAGAGAAGGCUCCGGCCCCCAGACACUGGGCCAUCCGGCCUAGAGCCAGGCACUCAUCUCUCCUCACGGCUCCAGAACGAGGGUCAGACAAGCGUGAGCUACGGGGCCACCUCCUGGGGGGGUGAGGGGAGUGAGGGGCGCGGCACUGGGCUUCCCCCCCUUCCUGCUUCCAAUGCCACCUGUGCUGCCACCUGCUGGGAACUACAGGCACUGCAGGGAGCCCUCCUGCCCCACCCCCACCCCUUAAACCCCAUCCCUGAGCCCCACGCUGCCCUCAGCCUCUCCCCACGUGGGCUGGAGAGCAGCCCUCACCCCCAAGGCCCCGGCGGGGAGCAGGGGGCUCAGCUGGUGGGACCAGGACCCGGACUGGGGACAGUGAAGU